UUACGAAAAUUAACAAGAAACCAAUAACGUUUUCAUCGACGACGAAACAACAAGAAAUCAUUACCAAACAAAUUUCCUUAUCUUUACCCUCUUUCACUUCCAUCUUCUUCAAAUUCAUCGAAAUUGAACUCCUAAGCAACAUUAGUUAUUUCGCUUUUUAAGCACUAGGGUUUCGUAGCGAAUCGAUUCUCUUUCACACUCAUUAUAAUUCCUCCAUAUAUAUAUAUAUAUUGACAUGGAAGAAUAUGAGCCACCUUUUGUCGAAAUUUACAAAAACUUAUUUGAUACUCAUGAAGCAUUGAUGAACAAGAACUACAAUGAAGACGUUUUCGACGAAGUUGAAGAGUUGGAGCUACCAAUGAUUGAUCUAAGUCGAUUAUAUCGAGGAGGGAGGGAAAGUGCAAAGUGCAAAAAAGAGAUAGCCGAGGCCUCAAAAGAAUGGGGGUUCUUUCAAGUCAUAAAUCACGGAGUGUCAUUGGAUAUAUUAAACAAAAUGAGAAGUGAACAAAUGAAGGUAUUCAAGAGGCCAUUUUUCGAUAAGGCGAAUAACAACGGAAAUUUGAAUUUUCCGGCGGGUAGUUACCGGUGGGGAACUCCAUCAGCAACUUGUUUAAGACAACUUGCUUGGUCAGAAGCAUUUCAUGUACCAUUGACUGAUAUCUCUAACAUGGGUGGUCUCACUAGUCUCAGCACCACCAUGGAUCAGUUUGCGACUAUGGUUUCUAGUCUAGCGGAAAACUUGGCUGAGAUUUUGGCAGAGCAGCUAGGGCAUAAGUCCGAUUUUUUCAAGCAGAAUUGUUUGCCUAGCACUUGUUACCUUCGAAUGAACCGAUAUCCACCUUGCCCUAAAUAUUCACAAGUUUUUGGAUUGAUGCCACAUACCGAUAGCGACUUUCUCACUAUAUUACACCAAGAUCAAAUUGGAGGGUUACAAUUAGUGAAAGACGGGAAAUGGAUUGCUGUUAAACCGAAUAAAGAAGCUUUAAUCAUCAAUAUAGGAGAUCUAUUUCAGGCUUGGAGCAAUGAUGUUUAUAAAAGUGUUGAGCAUCGAGUGGUCACUAAUAACCAAUCCGAAAGGUUUUCCACUGCUUAUUUUUUCUGCCCUUCAUACGAAACAAUGAUUCAGAGCUGUGACGAAAAUCCAAAUUAUAGAAGAUUCAGCUUUAAAGAAUUCAGACAACAGGUUCAAGAUGAUGUCAAGAAAUUUGGUUACAAAAUAGGGCUUCCUCGGUUUAUAAUAUAAAGUAAAUAGACCUCAAGUUUAUAUACAAUUAUAUAAUUACAUAGCUUGGAAAUAUAUAUCCCCUUAUUUGUUUGUACCAUUGCUCCUAUAUGAGCAACAUUUUUUUUUCCGAAUCGAAAGAAGUAUAUUCAAUUGCUUACGUUGU